CUUUGUUACUGUUAGCUGAGCACAAGGAUGUUCAGGAUCGUGUCAGGGAGGAGGUCACCACAGUGAUGGAACAGUCUGAGGAGAAAUUGACUAUGAGGUCCUUGCAGAAUCUAUCGUACUUAGAAAGAUGUUUGAAAGAAACCUUGCGGCUCUACCCCAGCAUACAUUAUAUAUCGCGAGUCACUGCGGAAGAUGUGCAAUUAAGCAAUUCAUAUAUAGCACCCGCCGGAACAAUUAUACAUCUCAAUAUCUACGACGUUCAUAGAGAUUCCAAUUUCUGGCCAAAUCCCAGUGUAUUCGAUCCAGACAGAUUUUUACCUGAAAAAAUACAUAGUCGUCAUCCUUACUCGUACUUGCCGUUCAGCGCAGGACCACGGAAUUGUAUUGGUCAAAGAUUCGCUAUGUUGGAAAUGAAAGCCAUGAUAGCUACCCUUGUGCGCAAUUUCUACGUAGAACCUAUCGAUUAUUUAAAAGACAUGGAGAUAAUUGGUGAUUUAAUACUUCGACCUAACCACCCACUGAAUGUAAGAUUUGUUCCAAUAGAAGUCGUUUGAAGCACUUGCGGGUCCUAUGAAUGUAAGAAGCGAAUGCAAAUACAUCGCAAAAGUCAAAGAAUUGUCGAUUUAACAUACAUGCAUGUGUGUGCCAAUUUAAUAUUACGAUUUUAUAUACAUAUAAAUAAAUAGGUAUAAAUAAGUUGUAUCUGUAGAGGUUAACUUAAAUUUUAAAAAUGAAUUAUUAUAUUAAUUAUCUCAAUAAUAGAUAGUAGAGUUCCGGGGAGAUGUUAAGCUAAUAAACGUGUACCUCCGAAUGCGCAUUCUUAUGCUUUCUUCUCCGAAUGCGCAUUCUGAUGCUUUAACUGUUA